AGAGUUCCCAAGGAGAAAUUCAAGGCUAUUCUUACCACGCUAAAUUCUUUAACGGAUUACCGUAUUGUAUGGGCCUAUGAUGGUGAACCUAUACAGGCAAAAUCACACAUAUACACUUCGAAGUGGGUACCUCAAGUAGAUGUUCUGUACGACAAUCGGACGGUGCUAUUUUUCAGCCACGGUGGUUUAAAAAGUGUAAAAGAAGCUACAUGCUCCUCUACACCGGCAAUAUUCAUGCCCGUAUUUGCUGAGCAAGUCAGAAACGGAUGGCUGGCAAAAAAUAAGGGGUACGCAGAAGUUUUUAACAAACAUACGCUCACUUCAGAGAAUCUCCAACGAACAAUGAAGCGCGUUCUCGAUAACAAGAGUUUUACCAUCAAAGCAGCACACGUAACAAAACUACUCAAUGACAAGAUUGUUCAUCCAUUGUUUCAAGGAGCUCACUACAUCAAUCGACUUUUGCGCUAUAGGGGCCGAAUGCCCGAGUACUUCUAUCCGCGUGCAAUUGACAGUGACUAUUUCUCACAUUUAGAUCUCGAUGUACUCAUCAUACCGGUUGUUCUGAUUGUUAUGGUGUCUAAGUAA